AUGGCCCUUUUGAGCAAAAACAGAAUUAUCUAUUUUCUAAGCUUUCUCACGAUACUGGCUUUGUCAAUAUUACUAUUCCGUCCUCCGGUCCCAAACCCUAACUCGCCCAAAUGGAUCCGUCUGCAAGCGCAAAACAGUAACGAAAGAGAUCCCGAUUAUUUCGAGUUAGAAGACUAUGUCGGCAUAGAACUAGGCGAUGAUUAUUGCCGAGCUGGCAUUAUGGUGAACAAGACCUUUUAUCUCAUCCCAGAUGAGCAUGGUAAUACUGCAAUGCCUUCAUAUGUUACCAUUACAGAGGAUGAAAUGGACUUGAUCGGACGGAAAUUCUCCGACCCUGAGAUCCAAGAAAAUUUAAAGUUUUUACCAUACGAUGUGAUUAAUAGUAGCGACGACAGACCUAUAAUCAAAGUCCCUAAUGAAAAAGGACCCGUUCUUCUCACGACAGCCGAGGAUAUUACAUCAAUAAUAGUCAACCGUUUAAAAAUCAAUGCAGAAAAGUAUCUGGGGAAAGAAACACCACAUGCUGUUGUUUCGUAUCCCGUUCAUUUCGAUGACGUGCAAAAGGAUGCACUCAGAGACGCUGUUAAAAGAGGCGGGUUUACGAAGUAUAAUCGUCUCAUACCGGAGCCCAUGGCUGCCGGAACAGCGCAUAGACUGGAUGAGACGGGGUAUUGUCGUGAGGAUGUCGAGGAGUGCCAUGUUCUUAUAUACGACGUCGGAGAAAGAUAUUCCACUGUCACAAUUGAAGAGAUUGACUAUGGUGUGACCGAAAUCUGGGAGUAUCUUCGAGAGGGCAAAAAAACUGGAUCGCCCGAUCUGAGCAGUUUCGAAUUUGACUUUACAUGUUCGCCGUCAAUGAACCCACCGGAGGAAGAGGAGGAGGAGGAGGAUCAAUGCGAAAAGUAUCGACAAUAUGAAUCCCCCGAAAGAAUUGUCCGACGAGUUCAACAGUUGCUCCAGAACGCAAAAUUUACCGAAUCCGGUCUUGACACCAUUGUGGUAACAGGCAUGAACCCUCAAGCUUACUGGGUCAAAUCAGUCCUGAGCAACUCUCAUCCCUGGGCCAAAAACGGUGACAGUAGCUCGAUUAUCACUCCCGACACAGCUAUUGUGUACGGAACGGCGCUCCUUGCGGAAAUUUUGAGUUCUGAUGAUGGCAUUUGCACCCUACCUCUUCCCCAUUUUACGGAAAUUGUGCCGAUUGGACGUCAACUUCCACUGCACAGGAGAGAGUUUUUCGAGGCCUACAUUUCAGGGGACCAACAGGAGGACAUGGGGUACAUCACGGUACGGUUCUACGAGGGCCAGAGGUUGAUAGCAAAGAAAAACAAGCUGCUCGGAACAGCGAAAAUGCAAACGGCGAUCAAAGGCCGAGUAGAGCUCGAGGUCAGAAUAGACGUAGAUGACGACGGACUCAUAGAAGGUCGAGUCAGAGAGAUAAAUGGGGGAAACGAAGCACGGACGGGCAAACUAAUCUAUAACUGCAACUGGGAAGAUUUUGGCGAUAUCCGAAUGGAUGCAACGAUACGCGAUUAUGAAGACAUGGAAAUCUUGCAGCAGCGAUAA